AAAGCAAUAUCCAAGAGAGAUUUGCUUAUCCAAAGAGAAAGCAGAGAGAGCUGCAGAAGCAGAAGUGUAAGCAGCAAAAAUGGCGACAAUGCCACCAUCGUCUCUGCAACUCUCGAACCCAUUCCCACUUGCGUCUUCAUCAACCAAAUCCCACGCGCCCAAACCCCUCCUUUCCUUCACCGCCCGAGCCACCGACUCCGAAACACCGCCCUCCGAGCCCUCGUCCGAAUCUGGGUCCGACCCGGAUGACUUCGACAGCAAGCUGAGCCAAGUCCGACUCCGCUACCGCAGCGGAACCGGCAAGAAAGCGGAGCUCCGGAAGACCAAGAAGUCGAAAAGCGGGUCCGGAUCCUCAUCCGGGUCCAACUUGUACCUUCCACCGGUGCCGCUUAAGGAGCCGGCGUCGGGCGGGUUGAAGGUGGAUUUCGGGUUCAGUCCGUACAGCGAAAGGGUAAACGGUCGAAUCGCGACUCUGGGGUUAACGGCGUUACUGCUGGUGGAGCUGGCGACGGGAAAGAGUGUGCUGAAAUAUCAUACGCCGUCAGUUGUGCUGAUUCAGGUGUAUUUCGUGGCGGCGGUUGCAGCUGUCUAUAUAAAGUAUGAGAAGGAGAAGGUCAGUGUGUGGCCUCAGUCCUCUCCGCCGUCCAAAGAUUGAAUCUUUGAUUAAGCAAAUUAAUCAUAUGUGAUUAAGUUUUUUUUAAAAAAAUUAAACAAAAAGUGUUUAAUUUUGUAUUUUUGUAAUGCCAUCUUUUUUGGGUCAAAAAUAGUGUGUAACCCAUUCUGUAAUUUAACCUUUGAAUAUAAGAUUACUUCACUCCUUCAAAAUUAAACAAAUUAACCUU